UAGCAUAUGAUGUCUAUACUUGACAAUUGACGACAUUGGUUAUCGUUGAUGUUUCCUUUUACGGAGUAUAUAUAGAAGCUUUCGUACGUACAUACUUAGGUAAAACAUUGAUCCCUUGCAUACAGUACGCUACACAGGAAUGCUUCUCUGGAUAGUCUUUACCGCGUGUUUUCUGGCGGAAGUGUUUAGCCAACAUGCUGGACACAGUCACAAUCAUGAUCACGGACACAGCGCUCACGGAGGUCACGGUGUUGACCCGUGGGACAUAAGACCAGUGGACCAAGGACCGGGUUUAGGUGAGGUUCACAGGGAUACAAGGUUCACACCUGGGCGGGCGGGCCUACCCGCCCCCAGGAACCCAUUGAGGAUCCCGCCGGGUCCCAGAAAUCCAUUGAGGAUCCCGCCGGGUCCCAGGGGUCCACUGAGGACACAUCGUCCCUCACAUAGACCACUAGACGGGCUGGAUACUCUACGUGACCAUUUCAACAGAGGCCUGCCAAAUCAUGGUGUCCCACCCCAUAACGACCAUCCACUUGUUCCGGAUCCUUUCCCAGUUCUGCCAAAUGUACAUCCUUACCCAGACCCACAUGUACCUGUUAGGCCGUUAGUCGACCCCCACUACCCGAUUGAUGUAAAUCCUAGAAAGUAUGGAAAAAGACCCGACAGGUAUGGAAGGCGUUCGAGAAAAAACAAAAAGAACAAGAGAAAGCUGGAAAAGAAAAUUAGGAAGGCACUGAAGAAACAGAAAAAGAUGCAAAAGAAGAAGCAAAAGAAGGCACUGAGAAAACAUUUAAAGAAGCAAAGAAAGAUAAAGAAGGCAAAAAUGCGAUUAGAAAAACAUGCAAGGGAGUUAAGGAGAUUACAAAAAGGAUACGGAAAGUAAAGAUAUGGCAGAAUAAAUGGCCUCAGGAUGUUCUACAAAUUCCUUGAAUGAUGUGUGACUGUAAUUUGGUUCUUGUUGAUUUCAUUAACCGGUUGAACCAAAGAUGCCUCCGAAAAGAAAUCCGUUCUUCCACGUGUUAAUCUUCGUGCGUUUCUUCCACAUGUCAAUUUUCUCCCUGUGAUUUUCAAUUUUAUAAGGAGAGUGUUCUAAGUGAUGUGAAACUUUUAACACGACGAAUCAAAAGGAUAGUGUGUCUUUUUAUGCAUGAAUGAAGAUACUAGCUACCUCUUCAUCAAUAAUCCAGAGAUACCCGUCAAUUUCAAAACUGUAAUUUCUAUUAAGACAAUGGAAAAUCAUCAUGAAAUGUGUUUAUAUCAGAAACUAGUUCAUUUAUCUUCAUUUUAUUCAAUAUAUGUAUAUAAAUUCAUGGUGAUAUAAUAUCGUCUUUCAUUACUUCAUUUUGUUCAUUAGAUAAUUAAAUAAUGGUUAAAUAAAAUAUUCUUCAGAGUU